AUGGCCACAGAAGAUCUCACUCCCGAUCCCCGCGACCUCCAGUGCGUAAAUAUCAUCUCCUCGCACAAGAUCGGCGCAAAGACUACACGGUGUCUGUCCAUCCUCUUCCCCGAGUCCACCGCCACGACCACUGCCGCCGCUACUCCCACGCCCACCGCCGCGAACACGGUAUGCAUCCGCGCCAAAGCCGCUGUCGCCGGAAAAGCCAUUAGCAUCGCCGAGAUCGUGAAGCGGCGGAUGGAGGAGCGGCAGGAGACGUGGUAUCAAUACACAGCGCUGUCGACAGGGGAGACGCCGGAGAAGCAGAAGAAGAAGAAGCCUUUGGGUGGAGCUGGAGCUGGAGUGGAGGGGGGGGAUGACGAGGAGGACCCGUUCGUGCCAUUGCCUGAGAAGGAAACGGCGAGGAAGGUGAAGACCGCAGUCAUCAGUAUUUACAUCUCGAGAGCCCCGCUGCCGGGUUAUAGGAAGCUGUAUGGUGAGCAAACAGGUGGACAGUCGGCUGCUUGA